AUGACCUGCUGGCUGAGGGUCCUGAGCUUGCAGCUCCUGCUCCUGCCCGCCGCGCCGCCCCUGGCGGGGGGCUGCCCGGCCCGCUGUGAGUGCACCGCGCAGACCCGCAGCGUGGCCUGUCCCCGGCGGCGCCUGACCGCGGUGCCCGAGGGCAUCCCGGCGGAGACGCGCCUGCUGGAGCUCAGCCGCAACCGCAUCCGCUGCCUGAACCCCGGCGACCUGGCCUCGCUGCCGCUGCUGGAGGAGCUGGACCUGAGUGAGAACGUGAUCGCGCACGUGGAGCCCGGCGCCUUCGCCAACCUGCCGCGCCUGCGCGUCCUGCGCCUGCGCGGCAACCUGCUCAAGCUCAUCCCGCCCGGCGUGUUCACGCGCCUAGACAACCUCACCCUGCUGGACCUGAGCGAGAACAAGCUGGUCAUCCUGCUGGACUACACCUUCCAGGACCUGCGCAGCCUCCGCAGGCUGGAGGUGGGCGACAAUGACCUGGUGUUCAUCUCGCGCCGGGCCUUCGCGGGGCUGCUGGCCCUGGAGGAGCUGACGCUGGAGCGCUGCAACCUCACCGCGCUGUCGGGCGAGUCGCUCGGCCACCUGCAGGGCCUGGGCGCCCUGCGGCUGCGGCACCUGGCCAUCGCCGCGCUGGAGGACCAGAACUUCCGGCAGCUCCCGGGGCUGCUGCACCUGGAGAUCGACAACUGGCCGCUGCUGGAGGAGGUGGCCGCCGGCAGCCUGCGGGGGCUCAACCUGACCUCGCUGUCGGUCACCCACACCAAUAUCAGCGCGGUCCCGGCCGCGGCGCUCCGCCACCAGGCUCACCUCACCUGCCUCAACCUGUCCCACAACCCCAUCAGCACCGUGCCUCGCGGGUCCUUCCGCGACCUGGUUCGCCUCCGUGAGCUGCACCUGGCCGGGGCGCUGCUGGCCGUGGUGGAGCCGCAGGCCUUCCUGGGGCUGCGGCAGAUCCGCCUGCUCAACCUCUCCAACAACCUGCUGUCCACCCUGGAGGAGAGCACCUUCCACUCGGUCAACACGCUGGAGACGCUGCGCGUGGACGGGAACCCGCUGGCCUGCGACUGCCGGCUGCUGUGGAUCGUGCAGCGCCGCAAGACCCUCAACUUCGACGGGCGGCUGCCGGCCUGCGCCACGCCGGCGGAGGUGCGCGGGGACGCGCUGCGCAAGCUGCCGGACUCGGUGCUCUUCGAGUACUUCGUGUGCCGCAAGCCCAAGAUCCGCGAGCGGCGGCUGCACACCGGCCGCGCGCGGGUGCUGCCAGGGGGCACGCUGGAGAUCCAGGACACGCGGCCACAGGACAGCGGCACCUACACGUGCGUGGCCAGCAACGCCGGGGGCAACGACACCUACUUCGCCACGCUGACGGUGCAGCCCGAGCCGGCUUCCAACCGGACCCCCGGCGAGGCCCGCAAUGAGACGCAGGCGGCGCCGCGCUUCCCGCUGGACCUCACCACCAUCCUGGUGUCCACCGCCAUGGGCUGCAUCACCUUCCUCGGCGUCGUCCUCUUCUGCUUCCUGCUGCUCUUCGUGUGGAGCCGCGGCCGCGGGCAGCACAAGAACAAUUUCUCCGUGGAGUACUCGUUCCGGAAGGUCGACGGCCCCGCGGCCGCGGCCGGCCAGGGGGGCGCGCGCAAAUUCAACAUGAAGAUGAUCUGA